CUUAUCAACUUGCUAUUUAUUCUCUCAAUUCUGUUAUCAGUUCUUACUGCUGGAUCCUUACGUAUCAAUGGAAACACAGCUACUGGAAGGGUUGAGGUCUACUAUGAUGGCCAGUGGGGUACGAUUUGUGACGAUGCGUGGGAUAUCAACGAUGCUAAUGUAGUGUGCAGGCAGCUUGGUUACACACGAGCGAAUCGAGCCUACAGUGGCGCCACCCACGGCCAAGGUACUGGUCCAAUUUGGAUGGACGACCUGGCAUGCUCAGGCAGUGAGUCUCAUGUAUAUGACUGUAGACAUCGAGGAUGGGGAAACCAUGAUUGUACACACAGUGGGGACGCCAAUGUGGAGUGUUUCUUGCUACUCCGUUUGGUAAAUGGUGGCGCCAACUAUGACCGCGUGGAGGUUUAUCACAAUGGGCAGUGGGGCACAGUCUGCGAUGAUUAUUAUAUGAAUGAUGCUAAUGUGGUUUGCCGUCAGCUUGGGUUUCCCAGCGCAUCAUCAGCCCCUGGCGGCGCACAAUGCGGUCAGGGAUCUGAUCCUAUCUGGAUGGAUGACGUGGGAUGUCAAGGAGGAGAAGCUUCUCUGUUGGACUGUGCACAUGAUGGCUGGGGAAGUCACAACUGUGACCAUUCUGAGGAUGCCAGCUUAGUAUGUAGCACCUAG